AUGAAUAUUAAAUCACCAACAUUUGGAUCAGAGAAAUUUUGGCCAUUUUCUUUAGAUGAUCAACUUACUAUAAUUUGCAAUCAAUUGAUUGCCACAUCAAAAUCCAAAGAAAUAAUCGAUAAAGCAGAUAAUAUUCAAGCUAAAAUGGUUGAUUCUUUGAUCAUUACAUCAGUUGUGUCCCCAUAUUAUACAUUACAUAGAUUGAUUGGUGAGGUUAUACAUAAUAAAGGACAAGGCAUUGUAAUACUUGAUAUCAUAAAUCAACUUGGAUCUUUGUGUUGGUAUAACCAAGCAUCAAGAUCUCCAGCUAUUAUUAUUCAAGUGUUGAAAGAUAUUUUAUCAACAAUUGAUGAAAGUGAAGAUGGUUUGACGCAUCAAGAACAAAAGAAUUUGAUUGACUUUAUUAUUCAAGCAACGAUGAAUAAAAAGAAUUUAAAAAAACCUGCAAUUGAAUUAAAAAUUGGUGAAAUUGGUGAAAGUUGGUGGUUGAUUAGGGCAGAACCUCUUUUAUUGUUAAAUCAUUUAAUUAGAUUAUUUGAUCAACGUAAAUUAUUAUUGUCAUCGUCACCAUCAAUAUCUAUAACACUUGUUGAUGAUAUUCAUUUCUUACUGAAAGAGUUGUUAAGAUUAUUGACAGAGUAUUUCAUUUCAUUACCACAAGAUUACGAUCAAAAUGAGUACCAUCGUUCUAACGUUAAUUCGAUUAAAGAAUUAUAUAAAGAUUCCAAGGAUUAUAAUUGGGCAACUCAACUUUAUCUAUAUCAAUUCUUUGAAAUUUGUUCAUCAUGCUUUGGUUUUGAUAUAUCAAAACCCGCAAUACCAUCACUACUUUUUUCAUUUUGUAAUUUUUCAGAUAAAGAAUACACUGAAUCACCAUCUGAUGAGGAUAAUGUAAAGAAAUCUGGCGUGACUUUAUCAAAUCAAGUUAAAAAGAUGAAGCAGUUGAUUUUAUUUUUAGAGGCUUGUCAAGUUUCCUCUUAUUGGUGUGAGAAAUUUGUGUUGGCAUUAAAUAAUAAUCAGAAUGCUUCAAAACCAUAUUUACGUAAUCUUUUUAGAAAAGUAGCACCAUUGGCAUUUUGUUAUGUGCUUGCAAAUAGUGUUGAGGAAGAAGCCUAUGUUUUAUUAGAUACUAUGAUAAGAAAAUUGAUAGUUUAUGGAAUAAUAUCAGCAUCUGAAUUGUUAAUUGAUGAAAAUAAUAAUAAUAAAGAGUUAUUUGAAAUGGCCAUUUCAGAAAUAGAUAUUGAAGGUUCAUCAUCAUUCGAAACAAUUAAUGGAUUAAGAGUUGUACAAAGUAUAAUAAAAAUAAUAAAGAAAUCUUUUGUAACCAGUUCAACAACGACAAAAUCAAGUUAUUUGGCUAUAAUAUUUUUUACUUUAUCACAAUCAUUCUUUUCAUUAUCAAAGUUUUCCAAAAUCAAAGAAUGUUUAUACAUUUUUUUAUUGUCGAUCUUUGAAAUAAUUGAUAAGGCUCAUAAUAAUUCAUCUAGCAACGAUAAGUAUUGGAAUACUUGUCAAUCCUUGCUUCAAGUCAUUGUACAAAAUAUUUAA